GAACGCUUGCUAGCUAGCGACGCUGACAAGUACGGGCAAGAUAGGUCUCAAAGAUCUAACUAGCUAGCUAUACAUAUUACUGUCCCGUCAAAAUACUAAAUAAUUUAGUUAUCGAGUGUAAAUUUAGCUAACUAGCUAAACGCUAUUUUACUGUCUGAGCAAUGUAUGUGCCAGACAGUGAAGAGACUUGUCUUACUAGUUAACGUGAGCUUGUCUGCUUAUGCUUUAGCUAGUUACGUCUUGCCACAAUGCUUUUUGAUGAUGGCUUCAACUUCCACAGCUGACAUAAAAGUGUGGCAUGAGGGCGACAGAUGCCUCGCUCCCAGCCUCAGAGAUGGCACCCUACUACGAGAGGGGACAAUCCAGAAACUCCCUUCCACUUCUCAUGGUGAGGACAUGGCACUGGUGAAGUUCACAGAUCAACAUGAUGAAGAUGAAGAAGAGGAGGCAGUCUUUCCAGUCUGUAAACUCCAGAGACCAGACACAAACCAGUCGUCCACCAGUGUAGUGUCUGCCCAGGAGAAGCCUCUUUUUCUCUGCAGCCAGACACCCCCCGGGCCAUCAGAGCCCUUGGUGUUGUCACAGAAUGGUGUGGCAGUCCCAUACACCAUCAACAGGUACCUGAGGUACUACCAGAAGGAAGGGAUCCAGUUCAUCUAUGACAACUAUGCCCAGUCCAGAGGAUGUAUCCUGGGAGAUGACAUGGGCCUGGGCAAGACCAUUCAGGUCAUUGGUUUCCUGGCUGCUGUGCUGGGUAAAACAGGGACAUGGGAAGACAUUGAGAACAACAGGCCUCAGUUUCUUCUCACUCAGAUCCCCACACAGCGAAGCAAACCCCGAAAGGUGUUCUUGAUUGUGGCCCCUCUGUCGGUGCUGUACAACUGGAAAGAGGAGCUGGAGACGUGGGGUCACUUCCUGACCGUUGUAGUCCACGGUCUGAGGAAAGAGGAGGAGCUGGCUCGCAUCCGGAGGGGACGCUCUGAGAUCGCCCUCACCACCUACGAGACCCUACGCCUCUAUCUGGAGCAGUUUAACAGCAUUGACUGGUCUGCUGUGAUAGUGGACGAGGCCCACAAGAUCAAGAACCCCAACUCCCAGAUCACUGGGGCAAUGAAGGAUCUGAGGUGUCCGGUCAGAGUGGGCCUCACUGGCACAAUCCUGCAGAACAACCUGGACGAGCUCUGGUGUGUCAUGGACUGGGCCAUCCCUCGUUGCCUUGGCAGCCUGGGUAACUUCAAGAAUAUGUUUUCGGACCCCAUCGAACUGGGGCAGAAGCACAGCGUAACUAAGCGGGCCCUAGCGACGGGCAGGAGGGCGGUCCGGGCCCUGGCUGCGAAGCUCUCCCAUUGGUUUCUCCGGAGGACCAAGGCUCUUAUCAGAGAGCAGCUGCCCAAAAAAGACGACAGGGUGGUGUACUGUUCGCUGACGUCGUUCCAGCAGACUGUGUACCAGGCGGUACUGGACACGGAGGAUGUCACCCUGCUCUUGCGCUCCUCAGAGAAGUGUGACUGUCACAGUGGACACUCUCGCAGGAAGUGCUGCUACAAGGUGAAUGCUCGGGGUGUGCGUGUGACAGACCUGUACUUCAGUUACUUGGCCAUUCUCAGGAAGGUGGCCAACCACGCGGCUUUACUGCAAGCCAAGUGGAACACCAGCAAAAAGCAGGAGCAGUAUGUGAAUGAGAUCUGUGAGAAGGUGUUCCAGAAGUUUCCUGACUUCACAGAGAAAUGCAAGCAGGCAGCAUUUGAGGCCAUGUCAGACCCCAUGUACAGCGGAAAGAUGAAGGUUCUCCAGAGGUUGUUGAAACAUUACAUGCAGAGAAAAGACAAAGUGCUAUUAUUCUCCCUCUCCACUAAGCUGCUGGACGUGCUGGAGAGCUACUGCAUGGCAGAUGGGCUGGAGUAUAGCAGAUUGGAUGGCAACACCAAGCCCAGAGAGAGGCUGAAGAUCGUCAAAGAGUUCAACAGCUGCCCUGAUAUCAACCUCUGCCUGGUCUCCACCAUGGCAGGGGGUCUGGGCCUGAACUUUGUUGGGGCCAACAUUGUGGUCCUGUUUGAUCCCACCUGGAACCCUGCCAAUGACCUGCAGGCAAUUGACAGGGCGUAUCGUAUAGGCCAAUGCAGGGACGUGACAGUGUUCAGACUCAUCUCUCUGGGAACAGUGGAGGAGGUCAUCUACCUGCGCCAGGUCUACAAACAGCAGUUGCAGUCUUCUGUGAUGGGUAAGGAGAGUGCCCGGCGGUACUUUGAUGCAGUGCAGGGGUCCGACGACCAGAAGGGGGAGCUGUUUGGGAUACAGAACCUCUUCAGGCUGCAGACCCAGGGGACCUGCCUCACCAGGAGAAUACUGGAGCGGGAGGGACGAGUGGAGGUAGGAGUAAUGACGUCCAGCACCCACACAGGGGAAGAGGAGGAGAGGAAGAGCGAGAGCGAGGCUGGGGAGGUUUCCGCAAGGGACCACUGUGAACUGAGCAAUGGAGGGGCAAUCGGCAGUGUAGGGGCCUCGAGGAUCCCCAGGGCAACAACCAGGGGGGUACUGGACUUCAGCAGUGGCAGUGAGGAGGAGGAGGAGGAGGGGGAACAGGGGGGCAAGAGUAAGGUGGAGAAGGAGAACACUGCCCUUCCUGGCCGACUCAGUCUCCUUCAGCAUGGCUUCUCCAGGUUGCUCCAGAGGUCAGGGGUCAGGGCUGGAUCAGGGUCAGAAUCAGGGGAGCAUAGCCAGAGUGAGGGGGGAAGGAGUGAUUCUGAGGAGGACAGUGAUGAAGACACUUCUGCCAUGGCACCAAAGGGCCUCAGCACCACAGGGAGUGGGGGCCCCCACACCCCUACAUUGGCCCCCAAGGGUGGGAACCACUUGGAUGCAGCUCCUCUGAAGAACGACUGGGACGUCUCCAGUGGCUCUGAGAGAGAGGAAGAAAGGAAUGGAGGGAGAUGGGAUGGACAGAGGGGGCGAGACCAUGAUCCUGUUACACUGUCAGGAGAGAGUGAUGACAUGGGGAGAAAAAUACAAAAUCUGAAACAAGGAAUAAGGAGGAAGAGGAGGGUGGAGGAGGACAGUGAUGAUGAUUCACCCCCCUCCAGUGGAAGCAAACGAUCUAACACUAAAACUCCAGUUUCCAGAAUGCACCAGGUGAUGUUUGACUCUGAGUCUGAGGACAUAGACAUUGAGGAGCUAAUCAGACCUUGUGCACAAACUCAUGUGCUUAAGAGACCCCCAGCACACCUGAGAAGGAGGGAGAUGGGGAGAGAUGGUGGUAGUAAGAGAGAGAUCAGCAACAGACCAGUAGACCAGAGUAGAAGAACCAGACAAGCUGAGGACAUUGAGACUUUUACCUCCUCAGACGAAAACCACACUCCAGUCGAAAGAGUCCGAUCUGUUACAGCCCCACACAACCACAAUCAUGGCCGAGGCCCACAGACAGACCAACACGGAGCGAGGGCGUUUACAAACCCAAUAGUGAACCAGACUGUCCCUUCUGCCAAAGGACCACCCUGUGAAACGAUUGACAAUGUGUUAGGUGGUGUACGGGAGGUGGUUUACACACACUCUAACCAACAUGUGGUGGGCGGGAGCAAGGCCGAGGAGCGAAUCAGCAGAGCCGCUCUCAGAGACGUGUUUGAGCGCAGGAGGUUCUCCCAGCUUCCAGCCAAUGAACUUCGGGACACACAGAAGACCCAGCCUGAACACACUCCACCAUUCCAUACUUCCCAUAAUAAUGACGUUGGUUGGGUGGGAGCAGUGCACAGACCCAGUGUGGACCACUCAGUCACACACACCAUCAGGAGCGUCCACCACCCCACCCAACACACCACCGUCAUUAUCGGAGAGACCCCCGGAACCAUCCGAAGAACCUUGCCAAGGAUUAGCCAGUUGUGUUCAGGCUCUACAGUACUGCCUUUCCCCUCCAAUACCACAGUUAUCCUGAGACUCCCAGAAUAUGGCAGCAGCUGGAGGAGAUGGCGUGUGUAUUUGGAUCUGUUUCAUUGAGACAGUUUGCUGAGGAGGUUCUGAGGAGUACCUCUGCCCAGAGACUGGCUCAGCUACGACAGUACUACACUGACCAGGGCCCUGAGGUGGCUUCCAUCAUCAGGCAGAACUUCGCAGAACCACACACAGCCCAGCCCAAAGUUGACAGGACAACCCCUUCCUCCUCCUCUACAACCAAACACAGACCCAACUCCAAAAGGAACCAGAGAGUUGCUCUAGAACCCCAAGCAGAACCUAGAACCCGACAUAGGUCCGUUCCAGAACCCCAGAGGGAUGUUCCCUCUUCUGAGGAGCAGAGGGUCCGGAACGCCAGAGGAGGGAAGAAGAAGAGUGGUAAUAGUGGAAUGUCCAGAGCUGCUCAGUGCUCCAGCUCAGACCUGGACAAUAGUAGGAGUAGUCCUCUGGGACCAGGGGCCUCUAGAGCUCAACCCGUUUCCUCCUCCUCCUCUUCUUCAGCUCUCAGCCAUCCCCAGGCUAAGCCCACAGCCAGCCCUCCGAGAGGGAGGAGCAGCAGCCUGCUGUCCUCCCCCGGGAAGAGUGAGGUUGUGGGGAGGCAGCGGUACAGAGCUCAGCCUUCCUCUCCCCCCAGCCAGCAGGUCCUCCUCACAGAGCUGCUAGGGGACACCUCCAUCCUGGACGACCUGCUGCGACCCAGAAGCAAGGCCUCAGAGCCUCAGAGGGGCUUCCCAAAAAACCCUACUUCACAGGCUGUCUUUACACCCACUUCUCACUCUGCCACACCUGCCUCCUGUCACCCUACAACGCCUCCCAAACCGCCCAGCACACCCCACCCUCGGCCCCUGACAAAAUCCGUCCCAGGCCCUUCUUCUAGUACUACUCGUCCCUCUCGAUCCAUCACCACACCCCUCACACACCCCAUUACACCACUUUUCUCUCCAGCCCCUGAGAGGUCAAAGAACAGCCACAGAGACUUCUGGGACAUUUUGGAGGAGGGUAACGAGGAGAGGAUCAACAAACUGACGGACCCGUCGGAGGUAGAGAGGGUGUGUGAGAGUGCUAGCGUCAGGGCCAGAGGAGGAACAGGGGGAGGAGAGGAGAAAAGGAACACGUCACUUUGGAAGAGGAACGACAAGUUCCUGUGGAAGAAGUGAUUCUGGGGGAGACAUGACGACAUGUUAUUUGCGUUCGACUUUUAUUAUUCUUAUGCUUUUUUUUAAAACGAAAAAUGUAAUCGUUUUGGUUACUGUAACCUAUCCUGAAAUUAUAGAUCGAUAAAUACGUGUGUGUGUGUGUGUGUGUGUGUGUGUGUGUGUGUAAGUCAACCGUGUAGACAAACCAUGUGUGUGCGUGCUCAUGUAUGAAAAUGUACAUUGUAAUUCAGAACAUUAAUGCCAUGUGCCAUUGACUUGGGCCAGACAUGGUCUGACUGUGUCAGUGGUGGUAACCCAUGUUUCCUGCUCAACUAAUUAGUGACCACCAGCCUGAGAAUCUCAUGUCUGGCCACCUACAUGGCAGGACCCUUGGUGGUCCUAAUAAACCCCCCCCCCCCCCUUCUUCACUCACACUCUGUCUCUUUGUCUGUGUUUCUGUCUUCCGUAAGGCUUUGACUAGUUUUCUUAUAUACUUAUAUACUUUCUCAAUAGACGGUGUGUAUGGGAAGUGGGCCAGGGGCUGUCUGGGGGCAGGGCCUGUGGUGGGUGCAUGUCGGGGCGCUCCUUCCCGCAUCAGUAGUCUGCAAAAUGACAGGCUGUGGUUGGGCUCAGCUCUGCUUCUAAUGGCCUCAGAGUGGAGGCCGCUGCUGCACCGCUGCUGCACCAUUAGAGCAAAAAAUUAAAUCUGUGGGUCAUGGCCCUCAUCUGUGGGUCCUGGCCCACCAUUUUGGGGACCACUGCUGCAUACCAUCUCUGAUAGUUACUGUAUAGAGGUGUGUGUGUGAGAGAGAAAGCCGCGCAGCUGUUUGACCUCUCAGCUGAGGUAAGCAGAGCCCCUAAGGGUGCAGCUCUGUUAAUGUGUUUUGUUUAGCUGAAAUGAGAAAGUGCUGAUAGCUAUCAAUAAACAACAAGACUAAUACGUGCCUCAACAGAACACUCAGCUCCGCUGCCAAAGCCGUGUGUGUAGCCCUUCUGGGUGGUAGAAGGUGCACACAGACAGGCCACACAUCUGCCACGCCUGUUCAAAUCCGAGACUGAAGAGAAUAAAAAAAGCACUUUUCUA